CACCAUAAUGACUGGCUCACCAGGCCCAGACUUUCUCUUAAUUUGACAAACUCACUGUAGCAAGGUUAAUAUACCCACAUUUGUCCACUGAAUUGAUAUUUGACUGUGCCCUAGCUAUGCAAUUUUUCUUUACAGGUGAUGUAUUCUAAUGACAGUAUCUGCACAGCCUCUACCAUCAACGGGAUAUGUGACAUUUCUAGGAAGGCCUCUGAAUCAGUAUGGCACAAUGAUGACUGGCUCACUAGGCCUUGGCUGACCGAGAGACUGAGCAAGCAUGAGAAAUUCUUGACGGGAUUUCCAUGUGUGAACUCCUUCAGUGCUCAAGUCAUGCUCACAGCUGCUCCUCUACCAGUGCUGCUUUCAGCUCCGCUCACAUAUCUCUCAAAGCUCUGUCCAUGGAUUCCAACACGAAUCAUCGCGCAUUUCCACAAGCUUGUUCAUGAUGAGAGUCCUUUGUGCGAUCGUCCUUCUAAAGUCCACCUGACACAGAAGAGAGAAGAGUCAAGGCCUAACCAAGCCGAGUCCAUCUCGCGGAACAGAUCUGUGAUUGAUGAAGGAAGCAGGAAGGCCAUUGCAGAUGAAGGAGCAACAAGAGCUCAGGAAGAUGCAUAUGAUACGGGAUCCUCCGACUUGUACCCUCAACAGCGUGGGAGAAGAAACAAGUGGAGCAUGCUGCAGAGUGAACGUGAGAACAUAGACAAAGAUGAACAGAGGCAGCUGCGUCAGGAUCUUCCUGUUACGAUCAAAUCUGAACCGGUGGAUGAUUACCCUGUCUAUGACCUUGACGGCGAAGAGUUAUAUCCUCUAGAACGUUGCAUUCCUGAUGACCUGAAGACACCACUGGAACUGCUUGCAUCAGGGGACUCUAUCAGGAAGAACCAAUGA